UACACUCGAACUUGAUAAUAGAUAAAAUGAACAAAUAACAUGAAUUGAAUUUGUAGUGUUUCGAAAUAACUAUGUAAAAAACACUAAAAGUGGUUUUAACAAUUUAACAGUCAUUAAACCGAUAAGAACUAUCAGCCGGGCACUUGCCACAUUCUUGAUAAAGUCACACUCCAGACCACACCAUGCGUUUGAUAAUUCUGGAUACCGUUGAUUCUGUAUCAGAAUGGGCCGCCAAGUACGUGAUGAAAAGAAUAAACGACUUCAACCCUGGACCUGACCGCUACUUUGUCCUGGGACUUCCAACAGGAGGUACCCCAUUUGGUAUGUACCAAAAACUGAUUGAUUAUUACAAAGCCGGGAAAGUUUCAUUCAAAUACGUAAAGACGUUCAAUAUGGAUGAGUAUGUGAACCUUCCAAGGGAUCAUCCGGAAAGUUACCACUACUACAUGUGGAACAACUUCUUCAAACACAUAGACAUCCAGCCCCAAAACGCGCACAUUCUGGACGGUAAUGCCCCAGAUCUGGUGGAGGAGUGUACCACCUAUGAGAAAAAAAUUAGCGAAGCUGGGGGAAUAGAGUUGUUCAUUGGAGGUAUAGGCCCCGAUGGGCACAUAGCUUUCAAUGAACCCGGCUCUUCCUUGGUAUCACGUACUAGAGUUAAAACUCUAGCACAAGAUACCCUGGAAGCCAACGCUCGCUUUUUUAAUAACGACAUCAAUAAGGUUCCUAAGCAGGCUUUGACUGUAGGAGUGGGGACAGUCAUGGACGCUAAGGAGGUGAUGAUUUUAAUUACUGGUACCCACAAAUCCUUUGCUUUGUACAAAGCAAUAGAGGAAGGGGUCAACCACAUGUGGACUGUGUCAGCCUUCCAACAACACCCUCACACUCUGAUGAUUUGCGACGAGGAUGCCACUUUGGAAUUACGGGUUAAGACUGUGAAAUAUUUCAAAGCACUGAGCAUUGUCCAUGAUAAACUCAUUGGAGAAGAUAUCUCUCUUGAAAGAAUGAGGACCAUUCAUUAAUUUUUAUUCUUUUAUUUUUAAGAGCUUAUCGGCGGUUCAUAAUCAACUGGUUGAGGGGUGAUAGCGGUAAUAUGAAAGGCUUUUUUAUAACUAUCCUUUAUUUUUAUACAGUAAAAGUAAUUGCUUUUUUGGUGAUUACGUUGUUGCAGUCUAUUCUGUGGUAAUUUUUAAUAAAUGAUGUUAUGAAUUGUU